AUGAAACUAGUUUUGGUGCUUACGUUAUGCGCCUUCGUGACCGCAGCUCCUACAAUCGAGAAGCAUGAAGUUCAAAUUGUGGAAACAAAUUCACAAAAUCGAAAUUGGUUGGUGAACGCUCUCGUUCAACAGUUAAUCAACUUUAUCCGUAAUGUAAUCAAUAAUGGAAUUGACAUACUUGGUGUUCCACCUCUGGAUCCUCUUAAAUUGGAAUCUUUUCACCUUGUACUGCCUACUGGACUUAUUAACCUCGACUUGGAUUUAAAAAACGUAGAAGUAUCGGGCUUAGGUGGAUUCGUGAUGCACAAUAACCACUUGGAUCUUUCAGAAAUCUCAUUCGACAUAGAUCUGUCUGUCCCACGUCUCAACAUCAGCACUGAGGCUUACAACCUUACUGGCGAUUUAUUAACCGCACUACCAAUUUAUGGAAGUGGUAGAGCUGAAUUCACGGUCGAAGAUUUCAGAUUAAAGGCUAAAUUAUACCUUAAACAAUCCGAAAAUGAAAAAGCUGUAAUAAUUGAUAGAAUUGAAAGAGUUGAUUUUGAUCUUCCUUUAGUCAAGGCCAACUUGAGUGGAGCGAUAGGAGGUGGCGACAUCGAUCAUAUUGUGAACGCAAUUAUUGAAGAAGUGCUGGUCGAUUAUGUUAAUCGAUUCCGCGGAGCCAUCUCCUCAGUCGGUGUCAAAGCUGCUAUCACAUUCGGAAACCCUAUCCUAGAACAGCUCGAUACUUGGCGCUUUAUCGCACCUCUCUUACCACGGUCACAA